CGGAAAUGAUGUUGUUAAGGUAGCGACGUAACUUUGCCGGCGCAAGUAUGGCCUCCUCCAGGUUGGAGAAGAACUUCUUGCGGCUGCUGGUGAGAUGUGAGGCGAUGGCGGCGGAGAAGCGGGACGAGAAGGACUGGCGUUUGGAGAAGUAUGUUGAAGCUCUUCAAGAAAUGUUGACUGAAUUGAAGAAGCACAUAAGUAAACCUGCUCCCGAAGUUCUAAAUGAAUACAGCCGCAAAGUGGAGUUCAUGAAAGGGCUUUUGGAGGCAGAGAAACUGCCUAACCCCACUGAAAAGGCUCUGGCCAAUCAGUUUUUAGCUCCUGGGCGGACUUCAACAACUGGUAAGGAGAGGAUAUCUGCCACCAAGACUGUCCAUCUGCAGACGAAAGCCAGGUACACAGGAGAGAUGAGGGGCGAGCUCCUUGGUGGGCCAUCACUCUCUGCUAAUGGUUCAGAUGUCACUGAAUUGAGGAGACGAAGUGGAAUGGGGGAUGAGAAACACUCUGCCUCUGAGCUAGACGCUGUUCUCCACCAUCACCACAACGUGCAGGAGCGUCUUGCUGAGGAGAUGCUGAACCUGGCCCGGAACCUGAAGAACAACACACUGGCGGCACAGAACGUCAUCAAGCAGGACAACCAGACGCUGACUCAUUCCUUGCGGAUGGCGGAUCAGAACUUCGAGAAGCUGAAGGUGGAAUCUGAGCGGCUAGAGCAACAUGCAAAGAAGUCUGUCAACUGGCUGUUGUGGCUGAUGCUGGUUGUAGUCUGCUUCAUUUUCAUCAGCAUGAUCCUGUUCAUUCGCAUCUUCCCCAAGCUGAGGUGACCAGAGUGUCAGUGUUUCUCCUCUGGCCUGUAGAAUGCAGGGGCUGGAGUAGAACUGACCUGACCCUCUCUCCUCCUGGACUUACAAAGACUUGUUCAUUUUACUGACUUUGCAGAAUCCAAGUGCAGCAUGAUCUUCCCUGCAACCUUCAGCACAUCAGCCACAUGCACCAAGAGGACUUUAACCCAAGAAUAAUUAAUUAUUGAAAUGUGCUGACAUGUUUACAAGGUGCUGAACCACAAAAGAUUUCCCAUGCCGUUCAAUGAAUCUCAUUAUGUAUGCGCUCAAGUACUUACUGACACAUUUUCAAAAACUAUUAAAACACUUUUGAAAUUGCAGCAGCAAUCCGAGAAGCAGUGAUCAGUCAGAUGUGUUUUGAUUUGAUGGUCUGUUUUAUGAUUUAACACUAGCAGCUGAUACUUAUGCGAUGUCCUUAACAAAAAAAGAAAUCCAGGUACCACAGAAGUCUAAUUGAGCAAGGUGUGAGGCAGAGUCAUGUAAGGAGAUUCCAGGAGCUGACCAGAAAUUGCAGGUAGGUUUUCACUUUCUGAAGGGAAUCUGGGAUGAAGGGGAAGGAGGGGAAUAGAUUGAGGGAAGGAGUUCAGGAGCUUGGAGCCCAGGCAGCUGGAGUUACUGUUGCCAUACAAAUGGGGGAUGUGUAGGAUCUCUAGAUCUCCACGUUUAGGGGCUGAAGAAGAUUUGAUAUGAAGCCACUCUGUGGAGCUAAAAGUUAGUCUUUUGGGGAGGGAGGGGGUUGCUUUCUAGGCACCAACAUAAUACAGGGUCAUGCACAGGACCUCUGGUUCGUAUUUCAGGUAUCACCUAGUUCAUUAAUGGGAAGAUCCAGGAUCUGUUGCCAUUGGUGCCGCUAAAUGAGAGAGUAAAGUCAGCUAAGGUACUGGAAAGUCGUCAUAUGUCAUGGUCUCACAGCAUGGAAAAGGGCCAUUCGGCCCAUCACACCUACACUGAGCUGUGGGCACCCACCUGUAUUAAUCCCAUCUUCCAGCACUUGCCCCAUAGACGUCUAUGCUUAGGAUAAUUGUCAUCUAGACAUCUCUUAAAUGCUGUCAACUACUCUCUCUGGCAAUGCAUUCCAGGUACUUGCCACUCUCUGGGUGAAAAAAGACUCUCUCAGAUCACCUCUAAAUCUUGUCCUCAAUCUCUGUCCUCUAAUUUUAUUCACCUCUGGUAUAGGGAAAAAUUUCCUGCAGUCUAUCCUGCCUACACCCUUCUUAAUUUAGUGUAUUUAAUGUGGAAUGGAUUGGAUUUGGUUGCAGUGACCUCCAUAGUUAAAUAGCCUGAAAUGCUUGGUGUCCUGGCUAACAGGUGAAGCAUGCCAUCUAGAGUUCUUCAGAAAAGGAGAGGAAAUUGUCUACAAACAAAAAAAUCCAAAACCAAUUGCUUUUGCAAACUUGAAGUUAUAAAGCCAUUAGAAUAAUAUAAACUGUUCUCGGAAUUCCCAUUGGGUAAAAUAUUUUAGCAGUUUGUAAAUUCCAUCUGGAUAUGACUAUGUUGUCAUUCUUUGAAUGUUAUCAUCUUGUUUAAAAGUUCUUCAAAAAAUUGCACACCCAAUUGCCAAUAACUCCAUCCACCAUGUGAUGAGCAAUCCAGUGGUGAUGUGUGCAAAACUGAUGUAAGUGUUAGGGAAUUGAAUCCUCAUUUGGAAAUAAACUCAAUUAUGCAAUCCUAGGAA